ACCGGACCGUCCCCCCAACCAAAAGCCAUCUAUCUAUCUUCAUUUCCAUUUCCUAUCAUCCUCCUCGUCAAACACGGAGCUUCUCUAGGGUUUCACAGACACAGCCAUGUCCAAUAGGCUUCUUUGUAAGUUCUUCGCACAUGGAGCAUGUCUGAAAGGGGACCAUUGUGAGUUCUCUCAUGAUUGGAAAGCCCCACCAAACAAUAUAUGCACCUUUUACCAGAAAGGUGAAUGUUCGUAUGGAACCCGAUGCAGAUAUGAACAUGUUAAAGUUUCCCAAGGUGCCUCUGUUCCAUCUCCAUCUGCCAGCACUCCAUCAGGAGGAGGAGCGCUUGCUUCCGCAGGGAUUUAUUCUGAUCUUUCAGCUUCCAGUAAACCAUUCUUUCCUCCAUCUAUACCUGCGUGGACUCAAAAGCUUGAAUACCAUUCCUCAUCAUCAGAUACAGAUAUUGAUACUAUGGAGGCUAGAAGUUUGAAUCCAGCUGAUCUCUCAAUUUGUUCAUUUGCUGCUGUUGGUCAUUGUCCUCGUGGGUCGAAGUGCCCUCAUGUCCAUGGAGAUCUAUGCUCAACUUGUGGAAAGCACUGUUUGCACCCAUUCAGACCAGAGGAAAGAGAAGAACAUGCACAAAUCUGUCAGAAGAAGCAAAAGCACCUGGAUGCAUUAAAACACAGUCAGGAAAUAGAAUGCUGUGUAUGCCUUGAACGUGUUCUUUCAAAACAAGCUGUUGCUGAAAGGAAGUUUGGGCUGUUGUCGGAAUGUGAUCAUGCGUUCUGUAUAUCCUGCAUCAGGAAUUGGCGGGGUAGUUCACCAUCAUCAGGAAUGGAUCUAAAUGCUGCUUUGAGAGCCUGCCCUAUAUGCAGGAAAUUGUCAUACUUUGUCAUUCCCAGUGUGAUAUGGUAUUCUUCCAAGGAGGAAAAACAGGAAAUUGUGGAUAACUACAAGGCUAAGCUCAGCUCUAUUGAUUGCAAGCACUUUGACUUUGGAAAUGGGACUUGUCCAUUUGGAACGAGCUGCUUUUACAGGCAUGCAUACCGUGAUGGUCGUUUGGAAGAAGUAGCCCUACGACAUCUUGGGGAUGAAGAUGGGUACACAGUGAUUGCCAAAAACAUCAGGCUUUCAGACUUCCUCAGUAAUUUGAAUAUAAGGUGAAUGAGAGUAUGUUCAGAGAUUUUCAAGCUGCUGCUUGCAGGUUUGUCUGAAAGGAAAAUGUACAAGCAUAAGAAGCCAAAAUGUUAUAUGGAUGAUUGUGGAUGAAGAAGCACUAUGACCUAAGAAUUGCUUUGCUUGCAAAUUUGGAUUCAAAAUCUUGUUGGGGACUCUCGUGAGAAUAAGAAAGUGUUAUAUUGUCUGUUUGAUUUUUAAUGAAAACGAGACUUGAAAGAAUGGGUGGUAAUUGGAGGGUGGGGGGUAAAUUCAACACCCUCUUUGGUUCCUUCUCCUCCUCUGGAAUAAAAGAACUUGCGUUUGUUCCUUAAAAACAGACAAACUAAUUGUGUAUAUUCAUAUUCCUGCCUGCAACAUUGUGUGUGUGUGUGUUUGUGGACACUUAUAACAUGUCAAAGGAAUCCUCCUCAAACGCACAGCAAGAUUCAAAAGUAGUAGAUAUCUACAAUCAUCAGUGUUUGGUACUCCAUUUCUUUUUAUAGUAAACUAUUUCUGUAAUGUUUUA